AUGAUGGAUGAGCCGUGGUGGGAAGGGCGCGUCGCCUCGGACGUCCACUGCACCCUGCGCGAGAAGGAGCUGAAGCUGCCCGCCUUCCGAGCCCACUCCCCACUCUUGAAGAGCCGCCGGUUCUUUGUCGACAUCUUGACCCUGCUGAGCAGCCACUGCCAGCUGUGCCCCGCGGCCCGGCACCUGGCCGUCUACCUGCUGGACCACUUCCUCGAUCGCUAUCACAUCACCACCUCCAAGCAGCUGUACGCCGUGGCGGUCUCCUGUCUCCUGCUCGCAAGUAAGUUUGAGGACAGGGAAGACCACGUCCCCAAGCUGGAGCAGAUAAACAGUACGAGGGUCCUGAGCGGCCAGAACUUCACCCUCACCAAGAAGGAGCUGCUCAACACGGAGCUGCUGCUCCUGGAGGCCUUCAGUUGGAACCUCUGCCUGCCCACGCCUGCCCAUUUUCUGGACUACUACCUCCUGGCCUCCGUCAGCCAGAAGGAUCACCACUGCCACAGCUGGCCUGCCACCUGCCCCCACAAGACCAAAGAGUGCCUCAAGGAGUACGCCCACUACUUCCUAGAGGUCACCCUGCAAGAUCAUAUUUUCUACAAAUUCCCACCCUCUGUGGUUGCUGCGGCCUGCGUUGGGGCCGCCAGGAUCUGCCUUCAGCUUUCUCCCUACUGGACCAGAGACCUACAGAAGAUCUCAAAUUACACCCUAGAACAUCUCAGCACGUGCAUUGAAAUCCUCCUGGUAGCCUAUGACAACGUCUUCAAGGACGCUGUCGCAGUCAAGAGCCAGGCCUUGGCAGUGGUGCCCAGCACAACCCCCGCCCCCACCCAAGUGCUGUUCCAGCCGCCCGCCUACCCCACCCUCAGCCAGCCGGCGACACCAGGCCUGGCCUCGUUCCAGACCCCUGUGCAGGACCUCUGCUUGGCCUAUCGGGACUCACUGCAGGCCCACCGCUCCGGGAGUCUGCUCUCUGGGGGCUCUGGCUCAUCCCUCCACACCCUGUACCCCACCCUCCAGCCCCUGGAUGUGUGCCCCGUGUCCCUCCCAGCGCCCCUCAGCGUGCAGAUGGCCAUCACAGCCGAGCCCAGGCACUGCCUCGCCACCAGCUACGGAAGCAGCUACUUCAGUGGAAGCCACGCGUUCCCCACAGGCUGUUUCGACAGAUAGGGCACCUUCGGGCCACACAGGGAGGCCUUGGAAACU